AUGCAAUCUACGCAGGUCGCAUUGGAUGCCAUUCGGUACCAGCAACGCCUCGAGGACGCGUCUCGCUACAGUCACACUCUCCUGCAGAGUUUCCCCGUCGAAGUGAUCAAAGCUCCUCUGGGGUCCCGAACAUCUGAGCCGGAGUAUGUCUCUUAUGACAAAUAUCGACGUCGGUUGUACGAAUUAAACCGUGACGAGUACGAUUUCGUCCCGUCGUUGAAGAAGCAAAAGCUCGGGAUUGACAAGGUGGUGAACCACGUGCACGAGCAGAAUAUGGGGAACCAGGGCCUACUCGAGCUACUUCAGAGAGAACUGAGCGGCGGCAAAGCGGGUCGUUGGUCUAAGAUGUCCAUGGGCUUUCGUUCCGUGACGAAGUUACUAAGUACGAAAGCCGACGAGCACGUUGAUGCUGAUCACGAGACAAAGGGUGAAGAGACGCCUACGCAGCCAAUUCGUGAGGACAACAAAUCGCCCAAAGGGACUGCUGGAAAUAGUGUCAGAAGGCCAGAAAGCAGCGCGGUUGCCAAGUCCCGCGAUGAUGAAAUUGCAGAGCUGGAAGAGAAACUCCGAUUGCAGCGUUUGUCGCGCGCAUCCAAGACCGAUCAACUUUUCUACGAUCGUCUAGCAGAGCGAGAGUUAAAUAUUAUUCUGGAGGAAGUGUUGUUGGAAGAAAUAUAUGAUCUAGCUGCAGAUGUCUUUGAUGAGGAGGAAGAGAAGACUCGUAACAAGCAGUUGCCUCCGGAUCUUCUUAAGAUUGUCGAAGAUGCACUGCACGGAGGCCCCAUGGAAGAGAUACUUAUCCAGAAGUACAACGUGGACAUUAAGCGCCACAAUUUGCAGUGUUUGUUGCCUCUCCAGUGGCUAAACGAUGAGGUGAUCAACUUCUACUUCCAGAUGAUGAACGAUCGUGAUGAAGUGCUUGUGAAUGCUGGUGUCCUGCCGAAGCGAAGCCACUUUUUCAACUCAUUUUUUGUUACGAAGGUAUCGGAAAACGGUUACAAUUUCGUCAACGUGCGCCGGUGGACAAGAAAGAUUGAUUUAUUUGCCAUGGACAAGAUCUUUAUGCCUGUCAAUGUCGGCAACAUGCACUGGUGCAUGGCCGUCAUCUUUAUGGCAGAAAAGCGUAUUCAGUACUACGAUUCCAUGCACGGAAGCGGCGCCGCAUGCCUGAAAGUUCUAUUGAGGUACUUACACGACGAGUCAGAACACAAGAAGAAGACAAAGUUUGACGACCAAGGUUGGGAACUAGUGACGACCACGCCCGACACGCCUCUGCAAACAAACGGAUCCGACUGCGGCGUCUUCUCGUGCAUGUUUGCAGACUACCUCUCUCGAAACGCCCCGCUGUCGUUCGUGCAGCGAGACAUUCCCUUCCACAGACAUCGCAUGGCACUUCACAUAACCCGUGGUUACAUCCCGCUCGAAGAAGAGGGACUAUAG